AUGCUCGGGAAUAUUAUGCACAAGGCGCCAGAACUCCUCAAAACAACAGCGUGUCAGGAUGGUAGCAUGUUCAAGUGUUCCGAUGCAUAUGUUUGCAAGUUCCUUUAUGCAAAUUUACAUUGGGUUCCACGCACAUCAACCCGAGCAGCACAGAAGGUUCCCGAGAAUGCGGGGGAUCUCAUUUUUGAGCUUUUCAUCCGCCUUGCCCUCCUUUUUCGAGAUGCUGGCAUCCGUCACCCUUCGCUCUACAUCAAUUUUGAUCAAACACAGGUCAUUGUUGCCAAUCCAUCCACAUGA